UCUGUUACCAAAGUGAUAGUCGGUCGACGAUUCUAAAUAUUGAAAGUUUUGGCAGUGGAACUACAAUACUCUCAUUGACUCAGAAAAUUCAAUUCAAAUUUUCACUAAGACUACUGGCGCAUCAAGCUAUAAAAAGAGAGAUCUCAAAAUGGUGGUUAAAAUUAUCAUCAUCGGGGCUGGAGUUGGUGGUACAGCAGCAGCUGCUAGACUUAGCAAAAAAGGAUUUCAAGUAGAAAUUUAUGAAAAAAAUUCAUAUAAUGGUGGAAGAUGUUCACUCAUUUAUCAAAAUGGACAUCGAUUUGAUCAAGGACCAUCAUUAUAUCUAAUGCCCAAAAUAUUUGAAGAGACUUUCGAAGAUUUGGGGGAGGACAUUAAAAAUCACAUAGAGUUAUUGAAGUGUCCUACUAAUUACAAUGUACAUUUUCACGAUGGAGAAACUUUCGAACUCACUACAGAUAUAUCAAAAUUAUCUCGUUCUUUGGAAAAAUAUGAAGGCGGCGGUGAAGCAACAUUAACCAAUUUUUUGACCUAUUUAAAGCAAACUCAUGUAUACUAUCAAAAGAGCGUUAAAAAGGCACUCCAAACUGAUUUCCAACAUUGGUAUGAUUUUUUCAAUCCAAGACACAUACCAGAUGUAAUUCAACUGCAUCUAUUGGACACCGUUUACAACAGAGUUUGUAAAUACUUCAAGAGCGACUACAUGAGAAAGGCGUUUUCAUUCCAGACUAUGUACUUGGGAAUGUCACCAUAUGAUGGUUUAGCUCUCUAUAGUUUACUGCAAUACACUGAAAUAGCAGAAGGGAUAUGGUAUCCAAAAGGAGGCUUCAAUAAAGUUUUACAAUGUCUCGAAAAAAUUGCUGUUCAAUAUGGGGCAAAAUUCAAUUAUAAUGCUUAUGUAGAAAAAAUAAUAGUUGAUGACAAAGGAGUGGCGAAAGGAAUCAAAUUGGUAAAUGGUGAUGUAGUUAAUAGUGAUAUUGUGAUUUGUAAUGCAGAUCUGACGUAUGCGUACAACAAACUUUUGCCAAAAACAUCAUAUGCUGUAAAACUCGGCAAAAAAGAACAUACUUCUUCUUCGAUAUCAUUUUAUUGGUCUAUGAAUACAAUUGUGCCGGAAUUGAAUGUACACAAUAUUUUUUUGGCUGAAAAAUAUAAAGAAAGUUUUGACCAAAUAUUCAAGGAUCAUAUGUUACCCGACGAUCCAUCGUUUUAUGUUAACGUACCGAGCCGCAUCGAUCCGACAGCAGCACCAGAAGGAAAAGACUCAAUCAUAGUUUUAGUACCAGUGGGACAUUUAUCAAAUGUACCUAAUAUUGAUUUCGAUCGACUUGUAAACAGAGCCAGAGAACAAGUAAUUGACACAUUAGAGAAAAGAUUGAAGAUAUCUAACUUCAGAAGUAUGAUCGAUCAUGAGAAAGUGAACGAUCCGAGAUCAUGGCAAAAAGAAUUCAAUUUAUGGAAAGGGUCUAUACUAGGAUUAUCUCAUACAUUUCUGCAAGUUGUAUGGUUCAGACCUAGUUUAAAAUGUAACAUAUUUAAAAACUUGUACUUUGUUGGUGCUUCUGCACACCCUGGUACUGGUGUACCAGUAGUUUUAUGUGGUGCAAAAUUAUUAGAGAAUCAGUUGUGUGAUAGGUUCUUGGGGAGUAAAGUUCAAGUAAGCUUGUGGUCGAAGUGCGUUACAUUCUUAAUCGGCCUCUUAGCACUUCUUUUUGUCUGGGUUUCUUCCAUAUUUUAUAAAUAAUAAAAUAUGUUUGUAUACAUUUAAAGCGACUUUAAUUUUCUUAUUUUAAAAUUUAUAAAAACUUAUAAAAACUUCGAAGUCGCAUUUAAUGUUUUAGCUUAGAAUAAAUAAUAAUUGUUUCUAUAGUUAUUUACGAUAGACAGUCAAUUUUAAUAUAUGGUGAGUAUAGUAUCAGUUUAGUUUUAAAUAUGAACAUGGGCAGUACAAAAUAUUUUUAAAUUCAAAUAGAAAAAGAAAGUCUCUUAACUGAACUUAAUAUUAAUAGUAUAUAUUAAAAAAAUAUGAAAUAGUUAGCAAAGCUGUGCAUGUUGUGUUCAUAGCAUGCUAUGAAUAGGGUUGAAUAUAUCUUUAAUAGGGUUGUUUCAUAAACAGAAGUGUGAGCAUGUACGGCAAAAAGCUCGCGUGGCUAAUAGCUUUGAAGGAAGGAACGCGGAGGGAGAUCGAGAAAUGAAGCUAGUGCAUAUUUUAUGAAUCCAUAGAUAUUGACGUAUUAUGUAUACUAUAAUAAUAUAAGUUCAAUAUACACAUCAAACAUACUCUACGCUAUUAUAAUAUGAUUAAAUGUUUUAAUGUGAGAAUAGUUGGAAUACAAUAAUAAUAUGUACGAUUACCAUUUGUAUUGUGGGCCUACAUAUUAUAGUAUAUAAUAAUGUGAUGUUAACUUCGCUGACCGUGAGUACCAGUAAAGACAAUUUCGUUUGAAUUAUAUUUUACCUCACUAUUUUGCAUGUAAAGAAACAGCAAAGUCAAUAGCCGUGUAAUCGAGUGUCUAGCUAACAGCCAUUAGUCAUUACCGCCGUAAAUGAAUGGCCCAAACUGGCUGGAUACGGUACCCCUGCUCGGUGCUUUGUCUACAACUGUCGUUUCAAUUGGAAGUCGAAGAGAGUACCGUUGUUUGUAUAGUGUAUUUUUGUAGGUUAAAAGUGUUACGAGUGUCGAUAGCCAUAUUCGGUUGUCUAGCUAUGAGUUAACAAAAAAAAAAAAGAAUC